UUCAGGGUGAAUAAAAAGUCAAGAAAAAACCUGGAGUGAGCCUGGAAGAGAGAGAGCAGCAGGGAGAGGAGAAAGCAGAGCGAAAAUUGGUCUGCGGAGAAAGAGAGGUGGAAGCAGACUAAAGAGAGAUCAAGGCGGGACCCCGAGUCUUUGCUGCCUCUGACCUGAUUAGGGUGAGGAGAGCUUGAGGUAGAUGGGAGGCUGAGGGGGAGUCAGAGAGAGACCCCGAUCAUCAGAGAAGAAGAAGGGGAGACAGAAAGCAUUACAGCAGGACGCUUGGUGAAAGAAGCCUCUUAAAAUCUGGAAUUAGAGCCGCAGAAACUUGAAGAGGGGGAAGCCCACAAACCACAGUGAACAUGCCGGCUAACGGGAACCGUCCCUUGAAGUUACAGUUUGGUCUCAUCAACCAUGAGGGACGCUACCUGACUGCUGAGAACUUCAGCUUUAAGGUGAAUGCAUCAGCCGCCAGUCUGAAGAAGAAGCAAAUAUGGACUCUAGAGCAGGACUCUCAGGACACACAGGUGGUCUACUUGCGGAGCCACCUGGGACGAUACUUGGCCUCCGACAAGGACGGCAAAGUUACCUGUGAAGCGGACGGGCACAACUCUGACUGUCGCUUCCUCAUCGUGGCGCAAUCGGACGGUCGCUGGGCCCUGCAGUCUGAGCAGCAUCUGCGCUUCUUUGGGGGCUCUAGGGACUACCUGUCCUGCUUCGCCCAGGUGAUAACGAAUGCAGAGCUCUGGGCGGUGCACCUGGCGUUACAUCCCCAGGCCAACCUGUUGUCGGUGGCUCGCCGGCGCUACGCCCACCUUUCUCUGGAGGACGGGGAGGUCGCUGUGGAUGUGAACAUUCCCUGGGGUGUGGCAGCGCUCCUGACUCUCGUCUACCUGGACGGGAAGUACGGCUUGAAGACCUGUGACAGCCGCUUCCUCGGUAACGAUGGGAAGCUCUUGACACAGAGUGGGAGGGCCACGGCGUACACGCUGGAACUGAAGUGUGGGAAGCUCGCCUUCAAAGACUGUGAGGGGAAGUAUUUGUCCCCCAUGGGCCCAACUGGCACCCUGAGGUCUGGACGCUGCUCCAAGCCGGGCAAAGAUGAACUGUUUGACUUAGAGGAGAGCCAUCCACAGGUGGUUUUGAUGGCGGCCAAUGGACGAUAUGUCUCGAUAAGACAAGGAGUGAGCCUUGCAGCAAACCAGGACGAUGAGACGGACAUGGAGACGUUUCAGAUGGAGAUUGAUCAAGAAACCAGGAAGUGCACGUUCCGCACCAGCCAGGGGAACUACUGGGCUUUAGUGGCCCACGGGGGCAUACAGAGUUCUGCCACUGAAAUGUCAGCAAAUAAUAUGUUUGCAGUGGAGUGGCUUGGCCACAAGGUGGCAGUAAAAGCUAACAAUGGAAAAUACAUCUGCACUAAGAAGAACGGCCAGCUGCUCGCCGUCAGUGACUCCAUCGGUGAGGAUGAACAGCUCACUCUGAAACUGAUCAACAGACCCAUGUUGAUCCUGAGAGGAGAGAACGGCUUCAUUUGCCAUCACAAGAACUCCAACACUCUGGAUGCCAGCAGAUCAGUCUAUGACAUUUUCACCCUGCAGUUCAGCAACGGGGCCUACCACAUUAAAGGUGUGGACGGCCGGUUCUGGUAUGUGAAUAGUUCUGGGCUGGUGUGUUCAGACGGUGAGGCCCCUGAGGACUUCUCUCUGGAGCUGCUGGAGCACCGCCGCCUCGCCAUCCGGGGCAAGAACGGCAAAUAUCUGCGAGGGGACCAGGGAGGCACGCUGAAGGGGGACGCUGUCAGCCCGGGCAGCUCGGCCCUGUGGGAAUAUUAAACAGAAGUCAAUAUAGUUCAGAAUCCAAAACAUGACCCCUUAUAAA